UAUAUAUUUUAUUUUUUUUAUUGGACGAUCAUGGCUUCUCAAGACUCUUUCAAUCAGUGGAACUUUGCGUGGGAGAAAAAUAACACAAAGUGGCAUAUACAGGAAAGACAUCCGUAUUUGGAAAAGUAUACAGAUGUUCUUCUUAAUGGUCGUAAGGAAGUACAGAUUUUCUUUCCAAUGUGUGGAAAAUGUGUGGACAUGAAAUGGUUUUAUGAUAAUGGUCACAGAGUAGUGGGUGUUGAGUAUGUGGAGAAAGGAGUAGUGGAAUUCUUUCAGGAACAAGGGUUAGAGUAUGUUGUUGAGCCGGUGGAGCAAAUUUGUGGAAAUCUUUACAAGACAGCUGAUGAACAUUUGAAGAUUUUUUGCUGUGAUUUUCUGAAGUUUGACAAAGAUUGUGCUGGUCUAAUGGAUGUGGUGUGGGACAGAGGAGCUUUAGUAGCCAUAGAAAAAGGUGAUAGGAAAAAAUAUGUUAAGCUAAUGCUGUCCAUUUUAGCUCCAGGAUAUCAAUAUCUGUUAUCAACUUUUUGUUAUGAUGAUUGGUUUUUUUCUGGCUGUCCUCGAACAGUACCUCCUGCAUUAGUACAUAUAUUGUUUGGUAAUCACUGUAAUUUACAACACUUGGAAACAAGAGACGCAUCUGAAAGAAUGUCAGAAAGAAUGGACAUUAGGCCUGUUUUGGAAGAUUUCUGGUUGAUCACUGAGAAGAACUUGAAAUGAGUUGAAGUGAUGUAGAUGUUGAAAUCAUCAACAGAACUCUUGAAUUCUUUGUAAUUGAAAAUACUAAAUGAAAUGGAUUAUCUUGGAAACCAUUUAAAACGUUUUUGGAGGGUUUUAUAAAUAGUAACAGAUGAUUAGUGGAGAUACAUAAAUGAUUUUUUGAAAUUUAAAUUUUUAAUUGCCUUGCAACAAUUAUUAGAUUUUUUAUAGUGUGUUUUACACUGCUUUUAAAAUAGUUUAUUUUUGAAAUAUCAUGGAGUAAAAUGUCGUAAUAGAUUAGAAGCAAUUAUAGUAAUGUUAAUGGAAAAGCAGUUAAAUAAUUAUAUUUAAUUGUAUGUAAUUAGUAUUAAUAGAGAAAAGCAUCUAAGUCUUUUUUAAUACAAUAAUAAUGUUUCAAAAUAUAACUUAAACAACAGUUAAGGGCUUUCCCACACAAAAACAGGUGCUUUAUUUUGGUUAGCAAUAAUGGCCAAAUGGAGUGAUUUGGUUUAAAACUUAAGUGUAAUAAUGAACAAGACUGUUAAAGUAGAAUAUAUAUAUUUGUUUAAUUCAAAUGAAGUGAGGCAGUCUAUUCUGAUGUAUGUAGUAACAAUAUUAGUUAAUAGAUGGUGAAACGUGCAGAAUUAUUUGAACCUAUGAGAUUAUCACUUCUGGUGUAUUAUCACAACUUGUUAUUAUAAAAUUGUUUUUAAUCCAUAAUUUAAUUCAUCUUUGAAAAGUGAUUGUUGUAAUGCUGAAAGUUUGAUCAGUUGCACAAUAAAAAUCAACUUAAGUUUUUGAUUAA